AUGGACUUGAGUGCUCAGUUGCUUGGUUCCAGGGAAGUGGUGUCUCUAAGUUCAGUCAGGAGUGACACACGGCCCCUGAGGCACCCCUGGAAACCCAGCCCUCUGAUUGUUAUGCAACACAAUGCCUCAGUCCCCAACCUCUGUGGAUCUGAGGAGAGACUCCUGGCCUUUAAGAAGCCAGCCCUGCCAGCCCUAAGUUGCACCACAGAGCUCCAGGAUGAACUGAGCCACCUUCCCAGCCAGAUUGCUAAAACAGUGGCAGCUGAUGCAGCUUUGACUUCAUUGACUCCAGAUUUCUUAUCUCUAGGAAGUUCAAAUGUCUCUUGUCCCUUACCUUGUUUUGGAUCCUCAUUCCACUCUACAACUUCCUUUGUCAUUAGUGACAUCACCGAGGAGACUGAGGUAGAGGUCCCUGAGCUUCCAUCAGUCCCCCUGCUCUGUUCUGCCAGCCCAAAAUGUUGCAAACCAAAAAACAAAGCUACCUGCAGCUCAUCUGAAGAGCAUGACUGUGUCUCUCUGUCAAAAGCCAGCAGCUUUGCUGAUAUGAUGGGGAUCUUGAAAGAUUUUCACCGGAUGGAACAGAGUCAAGACCUGAACCGGAGUUUACUGAAGGAGGAAGACCCUGCUAUCCUUAUCUCUGAGGUCCUCAGGAGGAAGUUUGCAUUGAAGGAAGAGGACAUCACUAGAAAAGGAAACUGA